GCCGUGUGACUGUAAUCCGAAUUCGGUUCUGACGCAUUCCAGUCUUCAGUAAAGCCAUGGCUGACACUCCUUUGUUUCUCCGAACCUUUGGAAUUCAGCAGCAAUUACCUUCAAGGUUGUCCUUUUCUUGACUUUUCUCCUAAGCGUCGUAUAGACUCUCCGUAGUGUCACCUUCGUAAAUAUUUGACAGUUAGACUUUUCGGGCUACGCACAUCAGGCUCCCUACAUUCCCCUGAACCCAGAGUCGAAAGCCAGUUCGCAUGUCAGCUCCUCCCACGAUUCCCGGCAUCGCUCGGCCAGCAGCGGCUUCUCGAGCCAUUCCCAGUGCCUCCGCUCUUUCGCCAUCCGCUGCGACUCCCCCGUCCGAUGCGACUCCCUCCGCUACGGUUUCUCCGUCCGCUGCCACUUCUCCCGGGCCCACCGUGAUCGAUCUCACUCGCACGUCGUCGUCGCGUCUCUUCGCACGCGUGUCGCAUCUCCACACGCAGCUGCGACGAGCUGUCGCAUGGCAGUCGCAGCAACAGCAGGCGCUCCUUCAGAGGCAAUCCCAGCAUCAACCGGCAGUAGCGGUGGAUGCAGCGGCUGUAGCAGCUGCGGUGACGGCGCUAUGGAGGUCGGCAGGAGGGCGAGAGGCGGCGAGCACUCUGACCAAGACGCUGCUUGACGUGUCCAGGACUCUGGACGUGGCGCUGGCAACAGAGCAGCGGGUGGAGGGCAGGGAGGGCGAGCUGAUAGACGCUGUGAAGAUGGCGUGUCUCUUCCACGCUGUCCCCUCGCUUCGCCCAGCAGUGACCGUCCUGCUGCUAUCUGUCAAGGUCGCAGCAGCAGGAGGGUGGUUCUCAGCAGACCAGAGGAAAGGCAUUCGGGCACUGUGUGACAAUGCUCUGGGAGCCUUCUCCUCCUCUCUCGCUCCUCGCCCCGCCUCUCUCUCCAAUUGGCUGGACGAAGGUCCAGGCCAGCCUUCUGCUGACGCGGCAGCAGAGGAGCAGAGGAUGCUGGGCAGGGAGGUAGGUCUGGGGGAGGUGCUGCAUGACGUGGCAGGGUGGGCCGAGGAGGGGGAGAGGGAGAAUGGGAGGGGAGGGGGGAGGAGAGGGCAAAGGGAGAGGGCAGGGAGUGUACAGGACAGUGGUGGUGGUAGUGGGGGCGGUGGUCCAGGGGGGAGAGGAAGGGGAGGAGACGGAGGAGCAGCAGAGGGGCAAGGCGGUGGGACAGAGAGUGUUGGUGGGAGAGACAGUGUGGCAACGGGUGGUGCGCCGCCUCUGCCCACUGACUUUCUGCUGCAACUUGUUGUCAAGCGAUUCCUUCCUAGAAUGGAGAUCGUUCAAGUCUGCACAGCACUCACAGUACAGCCGGGCUUCCAUGCGCUCAGUCACGACUUCCUCGUCUCACAGCACCCCAGGGCGCAGCAGAAAGUGCGCUUCUUCUCUAUCCGAGCGGACUUUGUCAGCUCCGCUGCCACCCUCGCCUCGCCUCCUCAAGCCAGCAUACUGCUGAACGCCAAGGAGGUGGCCAACAGAACAGCCAUCGACCAGGAUCGCUCCCCGCUGGUACCAUCCGAUGUCACCAAGACCCUGAGGCUCGGUGUCAACCUCCUGAACCUCAUUGGCCGCCUCUCAGUGCCCUACAUUCUCGUGGUGGCGGUAAUGGCGCCUGCUCCCCUGCCCGCACCCUCCUCGCUCAAGCCGCACCCCUCACAACUCAACCAGCCUCCGCACCCCACUCAACCGCUCAGCCCCUCUCAAGCCCCUGCACCCAGCCACACAGCAGCAGCCACUGCAACUGGCCCCUCUACCCGCCCGCCCCCAGCCCCCUCUGGAAUCCUCCCAGCUGGCCAGGCAGUCACCAGUGCGUUGCAAGCAGAUGGGGAGAGGCGGGGUGGGCGGGGAGGAGGAGAGGCAGAGCACCGGGAGCAGCAGGGGCACCCGCAGGAGGAGGAGGAGGAGAGUGAGCUGCUGGAGGGGCCGGUUCUAGUGUCGCUCAUGUGCCCCAUCAGUUGGUCCCGCAUGCAAGUCCCUGUGAGGGAUCGAGUGUGCGCCCACCCUCAGUGCUGCGACUACAGCAGUGUGAUGGCUAUCAACGAGCGCAAGCCCAUGUGGAAGUGCCCCACAUGCGGUGCUGACAUCAGCGCCACGUCACUAUGUGUCGACACACGCAUGAUGCAGGUGCUAUCAGCGUGCAAGGGCAUCUCCGACCACACGGACGUGCUGCUCUUCCCUGACGGCUCCUGGCAGCUCCCACCACGGCCUGCAGGCCCCUCGCUCUCCCCUGCCUCUCCGCCCUCCAAGCGACGCCGACUCAAUGCUUCUCCUGCUGCUAUAGGGCCUUGUACUGUGGCUGCAGUCCUACCAGGGGAUGCCACAGUGACGCCAGGUGGUAUGACAGAGGGUGCAGGAGCGGCAAGGGAAGUGGUGGGGGUAGGCAGAGGGGAGGGCGGAGGGGAGGGCGGAGGGGAGGGCGGAAGGGAGGGCGGAGGGGAGGGCAUAGGGGAGGGGAUUAUUGACCUGACAGAUGGUGGGGAUGAUGCCACGGUUGGGGUUACCUGUGACAGCGAUGUGCAGCCGCUGGAGGGAUCCCGACAAGGCCAUGUGGGGGGAGCAGCAGGCAGGGCGACUCACCUUGCCCUCCCAACCCAACUGCCACCUCGUGCGAGUGGGCCUGCUGCUCCUGCUGCUGCCCCUCCUGCUGCCCCUCCUGUUGCUGCUCCUCCUAUCGCCACUGCUGCUCUUCCUAUUGCUGCUGCUGCUGCUGUCUCUCCUGCUGCCAUUGCAGCUUCUUUGACCCCUGGUUCUGCAGCUGCUAACCCAGUUCCCACUCCCCGUUCAGAUGCCCUCCCCGCUCCAUCCGCCCCACUUGCCCCUCCUCAAGCUGAUGCCUCAGCCGUGCACUCACCGCUGAUCCCUGCAUCCACGGCAUCAACUGGCUUUUCCCAACCGCCAUCGCAUCCACGAGUAUCCACUGCUGUCCCCCAACCUGCUACCACGCCUCCACCCUCUGUUCUACCCUCCUCAGCUGCAUCCCCUUCGCCCAUCUCUCCCUCUGCUUCCAUCGCACCCCCUGCUUCCAGCGUGCCCCCUGCUUCCAGCGUGCCCCCUGCUUCCAGUGUCCCCCCUGCUUCCAGUGUGCCCCCUCUUCCUAUUACGACUCCAGUCAUUGCGCGUGCAUCAGUGCAUUUGCAACAAGCGCACAUUGCAGCCCUUUCACAUCAGCCGCCUCCUCUUGCGUCCAGCCAUCCCAGUAGCGCUCCUGCUGCAGCCACGCCUGCUGUUGCCACUCCUGCUGUGGCCACGCCUGCUGUUGCCACUCCUGCUGUGGCCACUCCUGUCGUGGCCACUCCUGCUGUGGCCACUCCUGUCAUGGCCACUCCUGCCGUGGCCACUCCUGUUUUAAGCACUCCCACUAAUGCAUCCAGUCAACACGAAUCCGCCCCAUAUCGGCAACAGGCUGCAGCCGCCCCUGCAGUCACCGCUCCCGCAAAUGCUGCUGCCGCUGCACAUCCUCCCUUUGCCAACCAGCUUUUGUCACAUCAGCUGUCUGCACGCCAUUUAUCGAUCCAGGGCAGCGCUGAGUUGGCAUCUCUGGGCAGGUCGUUGGCUGCUGUGGCAGCAUCAGCCCUUGGGGUGGGGAGGGAAGGGGAUGGGGGGUUACGGGAAACUGUAGGAGAGGGGAGUGGAGAUUUUGGAUUGAUAGAUGUUGGAAUGGGAGAGGCAUCGCAUGUGGAUGUGAGAGGGACAGUUGACAGACAACAGGAGAGAGCGGAUGCACCUCGUCAAUCUACAUUGGCAGGCACUUCGGACACCAUGGUGGGAGGCGAUGUGCAAUAUAUGGAUGCCGGCGAAAGGCAACCACAGCCGGAAUUUGACUUGUUCUUCGACCUGUUUGGUAGCGAACAAGGUUACUUAUAGUAGUUAAUAUAUUGAAGUAUAUUCUGUUGUGCACGAUAUAAAGUUGGUAGUGUUUU